GUCGAAAUUUUCCCUUAUUUCAUACUGUAGUACUAUUUCUUAGCAAUUGGGAAAGUGGACCUUCCAUUUUCCUUCUCAAUCCCUCUCCCAAAUUGAAUCCAAAUGCAAAUAGCCCUAAUUGGAUUGGAGAAUCAGAGAGUCGCAGACGAUGGGGACGACCGGCGUUGACGUUGAAGCCGGGUUUGCGAAGCUGCAAGGCGAGGAUUUCGAGUACUACAUGCAAACAUACUCCAUCAUUCUAGGCCGCAACUCGAAGAAAUCCACCGUCGACGUCGACCUCGCGAGUCUUGGCGGCGGCAUGAAUAUCUCCCGCCACCACGCCCGCAUUUUCUAUGACUUUACCCGCCGCCGAUUUGCUCUUGAGGUUCUCGGAAAGAAUGGCUGCCUUGUCGAGGGCGUUCUCCACCUUCCCGGUAACACUCCCGUCAAGCUCGACUCCCAAGACCUCCUCCAGAUCGGCGAUAAGGAGUUCUAUUUCCUGCUUCCGGUCCGUAGCAUCUUAGGCGGGCACGUGGGGCCCAGACAUUACGUCGCAGGAACGAAAGCCGGGCCCGUGGUCCCUCACUACAAUUACCAUUCCGGUACUGAGACUGGGCGUAUGAUGGGGGCCGUGGCCGGAGUCAAGAAGGGGAGUGGAAGGGAGCUUUACGAUGAGUACGAGGAUGAGGAAGACGUUGGCAGUAGCAGUAAGAAGUUGAGGAGAGAAGGUUACGAAGGCUAUGGGUAUGGAACAGCUGCGUCUGGUGGGUCAGGUGGUAAGGCCGGAUUGUCUGGAUCAUUGGAGAAAAAAUUGGAGGGAAGAUCUAGGAUCGAACGCGAAUCAGAGAGUCAGCAGCUUCUGUUGUUGGAAGAAAAGGAUGUGGUGUCAUCUGUGGCUAUUGUGCUCUCCGAUCUUUGUGGUCCAGGGGAAUGGAUGCCUAUGGAGAAACUACACACAGAGUUAGUGGAGCAAUAUGGCGCUGUCUGGCAUCAUAGUCGAGUAAGAAGAUAUCUCACAUCUGAGGACUGGUCCGGUCCUGAAUCCAAGGGGAAACCUUGGUAUGGCUUGCUCAUGUUGCUAAGAAAAUACCCAGAACACUUUGUCAUCAACACCAGGUCCAAGGGCCGUGUUACGCUGGAGUUUGUUUCUCUCGUCUCUCUGCUUUCAUAAGCUUGGGGAACAUGGCAGCGCCUCUAUGGUAUUUGCUAACAUGCCUGUUUAUUCAUAAGUGAUAUACUUCACUGCUUGUGGAUCUCUGGUUCAAGCCACGUGUUAGCUUUACAGAAGACCCCCUUUGUUGGGCAAAAGUACAAGAAUGGCAUGUAUCUGAAAUUAUGUUUCUUUUUUCUUGUACCUUUUUGUUUUCUCUUAACCAAUUUGUUGUAGAUGAUGUGUUUAUUCUAUCAAAUUUCUUUCUUCUGGGAAAAAAUGUCUGCUUUUUUACAUGUGUUCAUAAAGAAUGUUGCCCCA